UGGGUAUUAUAGCAAUGCUUAGCUGUUCAUUACCAUGUGAAAUUUCAAGUGAGUUAGAUAAACUUGAUAUUACUUACAGUAGUUCCAAAGGUGCUGAUAACUUCGAUGACUCGGAUGAGGAAAUCCUUUCCGAUUUGGAGAUUGAUUGUGAGGAUGGAGACGGAAACUAUGACUCGAAGCGAGGUAAUCGUCGUCGUGGCAAGGGUGGCGGUGGUAGACAUUCAGGGAAAGGUGAUGAUUAUCAGGAAGAAGAUGAUAAUUUUUUUCCUAAGAGCAACGAGGAAGCGACGCGUUGGUUACGACAAUCCAAAAAUGAUCUGGACGGCGCGAAGUGGUUGCUGCAAUCAGGUCCACCUUUUAGUGCCCAUGCCUGUUUUCAUUGUCAUCAGGUGGUGGAGAAAUGUCUUAAAGCGAUGUUAUUUAACCGCUGUGGAGUGUCAGGAGGACUACUUGCAUCUCACGAGAUCGGGAAUUUAGCAAACCAUCUCAGGGAGAAAACGGGAUUGCUAGACGAGAUGAUCAUGGAGUCGGUGAGGCGAUUGGCCAACUAUUACUUAAAUACUCGUUAUCCUAAUCGUCAACCGCGUAAUAUCGUUCCUUUUGAAGCUUUUAGUAAAAAUCAAGCGGAGGCUGCCCUAGAGGCAGCUUCGAAUAUCUAUGAAUUAGUUUCCAAACAUUGGUUGAGGAAGUGAAGAACACGAAAGAUAAUCUCAAGCCCUUUAUUCUUUGUUUUAUUAUAUAUCUUGCUAAAAUGGAUUCGUAUUGUAGCAUAAUACAGUGAAACAUGCGAUUUGAUUUGUGAAUGCACGUACCAGUACCGGAAUACCAGGUUUAAUACCUUUCCGGAAUUUUUAAAGCAUUGUUGUUUCAGCUGUUUUCACUUUAGUAUUAACACUUAUACAUAGGGUGUCUCAAAAAACCCCAAAACUAUUGAACUCACCCAAAACAAUAUAAUAGCUGGAGUUUGAAUGCCCAAGCAAUCUGUUGGGACCCACAAGUGUAUAAAUGUUUGACAUAAGCAUUUUUAGUAUGCAUGGUGACACUAAAAUUUGUUUGCAUCCACACUUUACACAUAUAUGGAUAAUAAUAUUUAAUUUUACAACUCAAGCAUGUUGUGUUUAGCAUAAGUUGCGUAAAUUCUCACGGACAAAAAUUCGCGAUCAAUUCAUUCAAAUCAGUUCAACCUGAAUGAGUGAUUUCAAUAGUUUUGUGUUUUUUUGAGACACCUUGUAUAACUUUUCUGAACAAGAACGUGACGCAAGACAGCAUGAUGACUUGCAGCGAGGAUUUCGUCACAAUAGUAAAACAAGUCGCGACAUUGCACACACUCGGGAAGCAGCAAAUGCAUGAUAUACGUAUAUUUUAGUAAAUUAAUUUUGUUAGUUUAGUGACAAUGACAUAUCUUUGUGAGUUUUGGCGUUCAAAUUAUAUUUCAUGUUUAAGAUCAUUGUUGCAAUAGUGAUUCAAAAUAGUAGCAUGAGUUAAGAAA